AUGUUUCCAUCUGUCGAAACUGACUUUGGCCUUAGUAUGCUGCGAUAUGCUUCUGCCAACGACUCUUUGGUGGUAUCGCCGAUCUCCGUGAUCUUCGCUCUGGCCAUGGUUCAAGCGGGUUCGAAGGGAACUACGAGAUCCCAAAUUAAUUCCGUCAUUUCAAAAGGAGCGUCAGAUAACGAGGUGGAAGAGUAUUUCUCAAAGCUCUUUCAUCAAAUUAUGAAUCCAACAAAUGGCGUGAAGAGCAGGAUAGCUAAUGGAUUCUUCCUGAACAAGCAGUUCAAAGUUGAGUACGACUAUGAGCAAACCAUCAAAAGGGCGUACGAGGCAAAAGUUGAGACUUUAGAUUUUGAGAAAGCAAAGGAAGCUGCCAAGGUGAUUGACGAUUUCAUAGCUCAUACGACUGAGGGAAAAGUUCGCGACAUGGUAAAUGAAAACUCAGUUAAAGGUGCAUUCUCCUUGAUUGUCAAUGCCAUCUAUUUUACUGCUGAAUGGAAGUCCAAAUUCUUCAAACACGCAAACUCGAACGGCACAUUCUACAGCUCUGCAGCGAACGAGCGAGAGGUUGAGUAUAUGAAUGCUUUUCGUACACACAGGCUUUACGCUGAAGACAACGAGCUCCAAGUUCUUUCUCUUCAGUAUUUGGAUACCUCGUAUGCACUCAAUAUCUUCUUGCCUAAAAACAGAUUUGGUCUCAACGAAGUCCGUUCAAGGCUCACAGGAGAGAGAAUCCAAAGUCUUCUCUCGAAACUGAAAGACACCUACAUAUCGAUCACAAUACCGAAGAUGAAGAUUGAGACGGACUUCAAACUCAAGGAGGCUCUGAUUGGUAUGGGUGUUACGGAGAUGUUCAGUAACAACGCCAACUUGACUGGAAUCACCAAAGAACCUCCGCUCAAAGUCUCCAAUGCCGCACAUAGAGCCAUAAUCGAGGUUGAUGAGGACGGCACGACAGCCGCUGCUGCCACAGUCUUCACGGUGAGAGCAACGGGUGCACUUAUUAGGGAAGAACCCGUGAAAUUCCAAGCCAAUCAUCCGUUUAUGUUCAUUCUCACUAAAGACAGUAAUCCUUUGUUCAUGGGUCAAUUCGUGUGA